UAACGGCUGCAGAGGAGAAUGCAAGACCCAUUUCGAUAACACAGAGAGGAGCUGCAAGCUGGGAGGAGUAGAUCUGUCAAAGUGAGUGACUUACAGCCAGAGGAGGCUUCUUCAUCCAUUCACAGGGAGUUUUUGCAAAGGCAACUCUGUCUGGGAGCAUGCACAACACCAGCUUGCAGGGAUUUACUCUGGAUGCAAUGCUUCUUUCCUGUGGGGUUUGAAGGAUCAUUAGACUCUGGCUGGGGAGGAGCUGCUGCUGCUGCUGCUGGAUCAGACAAGUAGUUAGCCCCAGACACAAUGCUCAUUCAUGGGAGUUGCAUUGGACUGAAAAGUUUCUCAUGAGUUCAUCUGGACAUCACUUCUUCAUUGUGAGCUUGCCCAAGCUGGAGAUGGGGUUAUGUGGCACCGGGGAGUCAUUGCCCAGCUGGCACCUGCUGGAGGAGCUGACCUAGAAAGCCACAGCAAGGUGUCAGAAUGCCUGAGCCUCCCACCUCAACCAGCUUGAGAUCUGAGUCUUCUUAAAUGGAGAGCAGUCUGUGAUAACAUGACUUUGUACAAUGAAAGCCUGUGGAACUAUUCUGAGCCUCAGGAGGACCCCCUGCAAGGUGGCAACGGGACGGAGAAUGGCACCUCUCUGGCUGAGGCGCUGGACCUGCAGGCUCUGAGUGUGGGAGCUGUCCUGGCAGCCUUCAUCCUCUUUGCCAUCGUGGGGAACAUCAUGGUGAUCCUGUCGGUGGCAUGCAACAGGCAGCUACAGACAGUCACUAACUACUUUAUCAUCAAUCUGGCCAUAGCUGACCUCCUGCUCAGCACCACCGUGCUCCCCUUCUCUGCCACCCUGGAGGUCCUGGGCUUCUGGGCUUUUGGUAGGAUCUUCUGUGACAUCUGGGCUGCUGUAGAUGUCCUCUGCUGCACUGCCUCCAUCAUGAGCCUGUGCAUCAUCUCCAUAGACAGGUAUGUAGGGGUCAAGCACUCUCUGAAAUACCCAACCAUCAUGACUGAGAAGAAGGCCGUGGUCAUCCUCAUCCUGCUGUGGGUUUCCUCCAUGGUCAUCUCCAUUGGACCUCUCCUGGGGUGGAAAGAGCCUCCACCACCUGAUGAUAGUAAGUGCAGCAUCACAGAGGAGCCUGGUUAUGCCCUCUUCUCCUCUCUCUUCUCCUUCUACCUGCCCUUGCUGGUCAUACUCAUCAUGUACUUUAAAGUCUACAUCGUGGCCAGGAGGACCACAAAGAGCCUGGAAGCUGGAGUUAAGAAGGAAAGAAACAAGUCCAUGGAAGUUGUCCUCAGGAUCCACUGCAGAAGUGUGAUGGGGGAGGCCAGUGCCAGGGGCAAGGGACAUAACUUCAGGAGUUCCCUCUCUGUCAGACUCAUUAAAUUCUCCAGGGAAAAGAAAGCUGCCAAGACCCUGGCAAUAGUGGUUGGAGUAUUUAUACUAUGCUGGCUACCAUUCUUUAUAGUGCUGCCGCUAGGUUCGUUCUUUCCUACUCUGAAGCCUUCAGAUGGUGUCUUCAAAGUGAUCUUCUGGUUGGGGUACUUUAAUAGCUGCGUCAAUCCUAUAAUAUACCCCUGUUCCAGCAAAGAAUUCAAAAGAGCUUUUAUCAGACUGCUGCGGUGUCACUGCCGCAGGAGGCGGCGCCCGCUUUGGCGGGUCUACGACCACCAGUGGAGAACUUCCAUGUCUAGCUCCAGAAGGGGAUCAGACGUAGAACAGCAUACAGACUACUCCUCUAUGAACUCCUCGUUUAUUUUCAACCCGGGUAACCAUGGCAUAGCAACAAAGAGGAAAAACAUGGAUUUUAAUAGCUGGAAGAUUCUCUCUCCUUUCCAGAACUCUUCUUCUCAGCUGAAAGAGAAAAUGACCAGCCUCUCCAACAAAAUAAAGAACGGCUCAACGAAGAGCAAUUUGUCUGCGGCCUACAAGAGCGAAGUCGAGUCCAUUUCCAUGGCUGUCUCUACUGACUUUACGGAACUUGACCACCAAAUGUAUGAUCUAAGCGACUGCUGCGGACUCAGAGAGACGGACAUUUAGAUGUCAUCAUUAUGAUGUCAUUUCGUUUGCAAUUUGUUUUCAGAGAGAGGGGGGUAAACAUGGUGAUAUUUGUGAACAAAACUGAUUUUUGUUUUUAUUUUUGGUAUUAAUAACGUGGCUGAAAAAGCAGAAUGUCAGAGGGGUUUGCACUGUACUGUAAAUGUAAAGAAGAGUGACUAUUCUGUGUUUGCAUUUAUCGUCCAGUAUUUCAAGGGCAGCCAGCGCCGGACAACGUGGGUGGAGGCGAUGAUUUGAGAAAAGCCUGUGCCUAAGGCUCAGAAUUAUCAAGCCUUGGAGAGUGAUAAAUUACACGGUGAUAAUGUACCACAAACAAUCAGCUCCUAACUGCCAUGUCACAGACUGUGCUUGAAAACUGAUAGGAGCUGAUUUAUCGGUACUUUAUCACCGUGCAAUUUAUCACUCUCCAAGGCUUGAUAAAUCUGGGCCUAAGUUUCAUAUCUGCCCACUGACAAAUGCAAAGCGGGCGGGUAUAAAAAGAAGAGGUGGGUGUGGCUUGAUGACUUCAUAAAGUGGGAGGAUCAUGACAAAUGAAGAUAAUUGCUUCGUUACGGCCCCGCCCUUUCUAUGUUUACUUGGUAGGCGUGUCUUACUCACUCAAUUUGCAUCAUUGCUGCUCUUCCCUGCCCACCUUGCAGGCCCCCUUAGGAAAAUUGUCUGCACUCUAGGGAGUCCAGGAGGCCGUCCUCUAAAUUCAUGAGUCUAUGCCCUAAAUAACCUAUUCAAUUGAACACUGCUAAUUAUGGUUCUUACAUAUAUACAAUAACAGAGAAGUUCUGGGUACUUUUUACAUAGUUAUAUAACAAUGAUGAUUCAAAGGGGGGAAUUCAAUUGUUUGAAAAGUCAGUUGGGUGGAAAAAACAGACACCCAACUGACUUUUCAAACAAUUGAAUAUCCCCCAAAGACCACGAAACCUAAAAUGCAAGUUCCAGGUAAUGGUGAUUCAAAUAGGGGGCCACACUAGGCUCGGGUCCAGCAAGAAUAUGACCAGAGAUUGCAGUUGCUUUCAGGCCACGUGUUCUGCAAUACUGGGCGACAUGGGCUGCGAUUCUGCAGUGUACGGGGGUACCACUUAGAAAUAACUGUUUUGCACAGUGUAGCAACAAUGUUGCAAGAAAGUAUAAACCUUACAGUAGUCUGUGAAGCAAGAAGAAGACUGAGAAAUCAGGCAAGUAAUGUUUCAAAAUGAAAUGAUAUCUGCCUGAUAUUUCUUCAGACGACGGCAGGAAAGGUAAUAGCAACAAAUUGCAAACCAUCUUAUAAUUAAUCAGUCAGGGGAUACUGUAUGGCUGCAAAAAUAGGGAGUAGCGUCCCCACUUCUAUUCCUUUGUGACUAGUAAAGCUGUUCCCAUAUAUUUGGUAUUGUGACAGGACGCUUUUUUGAAAUUGAAACGAUUUGUGUAUUACAGAUAGAUAGAUAGAUAGAUAGAUAGAUAGAUAGAUAGAUAGAUAGAUAGAUAGUAGACAUGCAUAGAAUUUGACGCUCCACUCCAAUGAAGAUAAACCAUCAUUUGUUUUAUAUAUAUAUAAUGAAACCGUAGCGGAAGGCUGAUUGCUCUUGCUGAUGCGAGCCAUAUGCUGGGGUAUUUACCAUUGUAGCAGUGUGCGGGAACCGUGUGACGGAUGUUUAACAAUCCUUCAUCUCCAAACUAAAAGGCUUGGAAAGGAUCUGUACAUGUCUCAGUAAUUGGAAACGUGGCGUGUUUAUAUAGAUGGCUCACGGGAGAGACGACCAAUCUGCCCGUGGCAACACGGCCUAUCACAGUCCCCGAUCGGCUUGUUUGCAGGUGCAGCUUGGUAAUAAGAUCACCCGUGUGAAGGGACUGUUACACGCCUGCUGCACACUCACCUGGAAGUCACACCUGUUUCUUAUUUCCUGCAGCUGAUACUGACUGAUUCCAGGAUAGUGUUCUGUGUCUGAUGUCUUCUGGAGGAAUAAUGCCUUCUGCUACAAAAUCCCAAACCAGUUAUGUUUUCCUUGUUUUCCUUUUUUACUUUCUAAAUUACAUUUUCCGGCAUCUUACCUCCUUUUUUUUUCUGAGGAUUUAUCACAUUUCUAGGCUUAACAAUUAAGCCCCAUAGCCAGGGGCCUACAGUAUUUAUCAUUGAAUAUUUGCAGCUUAAUCCCUGAAAAUACCCAUUUUCAGGGGGUUAACUGCAAAUAUUCACUAUCCCCAAAUAUAUGUAGGAGGGACUACAGUUAGGGUUGCUACCUCAUCCCUUUAAUUCUUGACACAUAUUAAUUACACAGGUUCUGUGGCUGAUUAAAACCAUGUGAAAUGGAGUCUUGAAGUCAGCCAGCCACAGAACCUGUGUAAUUAAUAUGUGUCCAGAAUUAAAGGGAUAUCUCCGCCUGCUUUGAUGCCUCCAUUCCCGCAGGCAGCCGCUACCCCCAUAGGCUUCUAUGGGCCAUGCGAUGCUGUCAGACACUGACAUUGGGCACCUAAGAACCGCAUAUUUGGACACACAGGUGUACCAGGGAAAGGCUUUGUACUGUAGCAGCAUUGCAUGUAGGUGCAGACAUGACUGCAGCAAAAGACGCAUGUCCUGUAUGUGCAGUCAGUAAAUGAGCACACAUUCUGCAAGUAUAUAGUAUAUAUACCAGUGGUACUCAAACUCGGUCCUCAGGACCCCACACAGUUCAUGUUUUCCAGAUCACCCAGCAGGUGCACAGGUGUACUCAUUACUCAUUGAAACAUUUUUUAAAACAUCCACAGGUGAAGCUAAUAAUUUCACUUUCUAUGAGGAGACCUGGAAAACAUGCACCGUGUGGGGCCCUAAGGACAGAGUUUGAGAACCUCUGUACAAUCAGAGUGCAAGUGGCACAGCUGUGGAUUCCAGACACCCCCCAUGUGACCGAGGUUUGGAGUGAGAUUCCUUCUCGGUGUCUGUGCAUUGGGGAACAUAAGCUGCUAUCUCUCAUGUACAGUCCUCUUAUUCUUAUAGUUAUCAUUGCGUCCCCAGCCAGACACCGCUAUGUUCCACUUGGCCGUGCUGAUAAACAUUUUGAUCCGCACUUAAAAUAGGUUUUGUGCACGGUCCAGUGCAGAUUAUUCUGCUGUUGGCAGCGACUGGUGUGUGAAGUGGCAGGAUUUCCGCCGUCUCAGUCACUUCUCGCAGGACGUCUGGUGCAUCUGCUCUGCAGAGGUCAAAUCUUAAUGACCUACCGACACCCAGAAUGAAUAAAUGUACUGGAACAAGAGUCUUGCUAGAAUGUGCUCUGCUACAAAAAUUCCACCAGCAACCGACUCCAGGCUUGUGCAAAAACAACAAAUACCUUUUAUUCAGGUUGCUCAAAUACAGAUAAACACAUAAAACAAAGAUCACUGUCUUUAGUAUAAACUACCAGGGAGGUUAGGCCCUGCCUCACUCCCUCUUACUAAAUAAGGAACCCUUCAGGUCCCGGCAUCCUGACACUAGUGCUCCAGUCUUCCGGAUCCCACUGUCCCUAACAGACCUAUCGCCUGGGCACUAACUGCCUUCAGGAGCCCUGACUCAUGGGAGAGACUCUGCUUUUAACCCAGCACCCAGGUGCUGGCUGAUGAAGCAGCUUCUUGGGCUAUAUGGGAACCCGGUCCAUCCACACUUCCCAUCCAACCCCAGGACCCUGUGUGUAGCUUACAGGUGGCAAGGUACCUCUCCUGCCACAGUACCUUGUCACUAAAAUACGCUUGAGCGACAAUUCUUCGCAGUAUGAAAAGUACGAUGUUUAAUAUUUGAUAUUCUGGUUGUAGCAACAUCACAAAAAAAUCUUUGCAGACACUUAAUAAAGUCUUUCCCUGAGGAUCCCUGGUUUCCUGAAUCAUUUAGGCCAUUACAUCAAGUUAAAGAAAAGUGUCAGAAGAUUGGCUUAGAUGUGACAAUUCCACUUUUGCAGUGUUCCUGAGGAUUUAUUUGCAUUACAUGCUAAAAUGUUGUGAAUAUACUCUGUGUUUACUUAUAAUAGUCACAGAGAGAGCAGUCACUGUGGAUAAAGGCUGCAGUCCAGCCGCCAUACAUCUGAGACUGAUUGUCACAAUUCUCUGAACCCCCCAACUCCGGGUCGGGGAAUCAGGACUACUCAACAGUUUGAAGAAUCUCGAUUCCCCCAAAAACGGCCGGGAUCGCCAAAUCGGGGAUUUUAAACAUAAAGAAUUUCCCUGAUUCCCCGGUGGAUUACUGAUCAUCUAUGGUCGCCAAUCUGCGUUUCUGGUUGGAUCAGGGAAACGGCUGCCAGCUGCAUGGGGCCUUAUGUCGGCACUUCACCAUGCUAAGUUUCCAUCCGGGGGUCAGGGAAGGGAGAAGGAAUAGUAAACUCGGCAAACUACAUUUUCAAAGCAUAAAACGAUCACUUUGCAGUUUUUGCACACAUGCGUGUUCACAUGUAUGUAUGUGAGUACCAUUAGACGCUGCUUUACAUAAUACAACUUGAUUUUUGGUUUAUGUGGACCAACAAAAAAAAAACAUAAAAAUAAAAGAGCUUAAAGAAGCAUAAGCUCUAGAUAUUGAACUGAAUUUGACUCUCGCUCUGUGCAAAGUCUUUGCAGGAUCAAUUAAAAAUCAGUGGUAGCAAGUAGGGGUGUAACAUGCAAUCUAUGGACACAAUAACUCCGGGGAGGGCUCGGCAAUUCAGUCCAUCCACCCCUGGGAGCGGCUCUCUUUCCAUCCUGGAACUAAAACGCCAAACACAACACACUCGCCAAACUCCGCACAUGCUCAGAAUACGAGAGUGUCUCUUUUCGGUGCAGACUGACACGCACCGCAGGGGGCCCCUCUCACUGUCGGGCCCCAUAGCUGCUAAAUAGGCUACGGUGAUGGUCGUUACAUCACCAGUAGGAAGACAUUGAAGAAAUAAAAUUGGUCCAGUUAAUUAAUUCAAGUUUGCUUCCGAUCAGAUGUAAUAAUGGGGUAACCCUUCAGAACUCCCUUCAAUCUAAACGACAUAACAAAGCCAUAAGAACACAUAACAUACAGGUAUAAUGUAUGAUACUCAUGUGAUCCGUGAAUAAAUAUUGCUUCAGUGUGAUUGGUGGAUGACUCAGCGAUAGAGAACACAGCCUCACGCAGCGAUUGGUGGAUCGGUGGGUGCGGAAUUGUGUUUUAAUAUAGUCCAAACAAAAGAAAAAUGACAUAGAUCUAACUGUAUUGCGUUUACAUGUAUAUAUUGUAUAUUUUCAGACUUUGUUUUUGUUUUUGGAAAUUUAUUUUGGUCAGUUGUAUUUAUUGGUAAAACAGUUUAUCUUUUGUGAUUCAAUUUACUAUAUUACAAGUACCGCAAGAUUGUUUUUGUCCCUAAGGGCGCAGCUCGCUAUAGAAUUUUUUUUUUUAAAUCUUAAACAGAGAUUUACUUGCAACCGAAAGCGAAGGAUAAAAAGAGUGUACGGUAUAUAUUACAUCUGGUGGUCAUUACGUGGCAUAUAUCAUAUCAGGCAACUUGUGGCGGUCUGGAUGUUGUCUGACUACAAGGCCAAGCAUGCCCUGACUCUGGACCCUGGAGUCCCGCAACACCGGGGGCAGUGGCGGUCUGUCUGAGCGCGGUGUAGAGUAUGCUAUUGUCAUGGUGGAAAUUCAUAACUACCUGCUGUGAGGAUAUGUUUUAUUUUGUAACGCUCACUAGUCACCAUGUAUUUUCACAAAG